UUCUUGUAUACUAUUUCGGUUGCCGUGACAUCUUUACUCCACGAGAGGAGAAAGUUUUAAUGAUUAAAUUUUCCUCGAGAAAGUUAGAAGCGGAGUUUUCGAUUAAAGAAAACUUGAUUUAGUAACAUAUUUUUUAACCAAAUAAUACUUCAAUGGAAGUACAAACAUCGCGGUCAAAAAAAAAAACAAGCAAAAGAAGAAAUCCGAAAAAGAAAUCUGCAAAUGAUGCUGGUAGUGAUGAAAAUGAUUCUGAUGAUGAUAUUGAAAGUGUUGCAAGUUCAGUUGAUUUGACAUUUAAUGCAAUUGAAGAUGGAUUAGAAUACAAUGAGAAUUUUGAGCAAAAAUUUCUAGAUAGCAUAGAAGGAGCACGGGAAAAAAGUGCAAAAGUUCGCCAAGUUUCACUUAUGGAAAUAAAGAAUGGUUUAUGUCAAAGAUAUUUAUAUGAUUUUUUGUUGAGUAGAAAGGAUUCACUUCUAGAUCUUGUAGAAAAACUGUUAAAGAAAGGUCAACCAGAAGAUUGCAUAAUAUCAUCAGACAUCAGUAGUAUCUUAUGUAUACAGUUAGGUGUUGCAGAUGCAUCUCACAUAUUUACAACAUUAAAAUCAAUAUUCAUUAAUAUCCUUGGUGAUGAAAGUGCUUCUCCAUUAGUCAGAGCUAGUGCAGCAUCAGCUCUUGGAAUAGUAUGUUUUAUAGGUUGUGAAGAACCUGAGGAUACAGUAGUUUGUCUUAAUGCUUUAAAAACAAGCUUUAUGAAAAAAAUACCUGCUGAUACUAGCCAUCAUGUUCCAAUAGCAAAUUCUUUGUUAUCGUGGAGUCUGUUACUUACAGUGGUACCUUCUUCAGUUGUUGAAGAAAAUAUAUCUAGUUGUAUUUCUGUCAUGUGCAGAAUUCUUGAGCUUGGUGAUUUAAAUCUUCGAAUAGCUGCAGGUGAAACGCUGGCUCUAAUUUAUGAACUGGCAAGAGACUCUAAUAUAAGGUUUCAAGGUCCAGUACCUACUCUUUAUUCAUUAUUAAGAGACUUGGCAAAUGAAAGUGGUCGCCAUAAAGGAAAGAGAGAGAAAAAACAGCAAAAAGCCAGUUUCCGUGAUUUUUUAAAAUCAAUUGAGAGAGGAGUUAACCCAACAGAAACCAUCAAUUUUGGGGGAGAGUAUCUUGAAAUGUCGUCAUGGAUAUGGGUACGGCGCUAUAAUGCUUUCAAAGAUGCCUUGGGUUGUGGCAUUAAUAUUCAUCUUAAGUAUAAUAGUCUUUUGAGAGAAAUUUUUGAUCUUGGUUUACCAAUUACUAAUCAAAUAAAACUGAGUAAAAAUGAGAAGUAUGAAAGGCAAUUAAUCAAUGAAGCAUGUUCAAAGGAUCGUACUUUAGCUAGAGGUUUAAAACGCGACAACAAACGUUCUGGUUUAACUUGAUUUUAAUUGAUAAAUUGUUUAGAUUAACAAUGUCAUUGAACAAUGUGGCUGGCCACUUUAAAUUAUUUUGAAAAUUUUGUAUAGAAAUUUAUUACUUAAACAAUUAUUUUCAAUAUAAUACAGUAACAAAUAACUCUUUA